AUGGCCAAGCCACCUGCGCCUGAAAAGCCGUGCGUAUUCGGUGCAAGUUCAUCUUUAAGGAUCUCUUGGAGCAUCCCCGAUGUUGAUCCGGAAGUCACUGCUUCAACUUUGAAGCUUCGAAUACGUGGCAGUCACAGGCUUCAUAACUACGACCAUGGCACCGGGCGCUUAGUUCCAAAAGGUGGUUCGACUGUUCCUGCACCACUCCGUGAGAUAACCGUGGAGGGGUGCGAAGAGGGCAUCGAGUAUGAGGCGAUCCUCGCUGUGAUGAAUAGCGAGGGCUGGAGCGAGCCGUCGCCUUUCAGCGAGCCUGGCUUCUUUGGUGCCCUGAAGCCGCGGGACAAGCCUCCCAGACCAACAGCACCAACGCUCACAGCACUUGGAAAGGGGAAGCUCCGAGUUUCUUGGGCAAUUCCAAGUGCAUGCCCUCCUGUUGAGGCGACGCAGGUGCAGCUCACAGAUGUGGGAACAGGAAACAAAUGGCUGGUUGAUGCAACCGGAGCUUUGGUGAGUUCCGGUCGAACUACCUUCGCAGCCUCCCGGACAGAGGUGCACAUCAAAGAAGUUCAGGACUGUGUUGAGUAUGCAGCUGAAAUUUGCUGCCGCAAUGCGGAGGGCUUCGGAGACUACUCGAUGGCAAGCGACAGCGUUGCCAACAUUGAUGCCAAGGGGCAGAUAGGUGGCAUGCAGCUUGUGAUCCACGAGGGUGCCAAUACCGAAGUUCCGGUAAUGGUGCCGCAGGGUGACGGCAAAAUGAAGGUGAAAUGGAAGCUGCCUGACGAUGCCAAGCAGACAAUUGUCAAGCUGCGCCGGGUUGGCAACCAGAACUGGUAUCUUUGUACCGGUGGUGCCAUUGCUGCGCCUGCCUCUGAAACGAUCGCCACUGGUUUAGAGGAAGGCAUCGAGUAUGAGGCCAUGGUGUCUUUUCUCGUGAACAAUCGAUGGUGCUGCGAGUCGGCGAUUAGCAAGCCAGCCUGCAUAGGUGAGCUGAAGCUUCCUGCCCCUCCAGCACAACCAAAGGAACCCCGACUCUAUGUCAUGGAUGUUGGCCAAGGUGUGAUGCGAGUCAAGUGGCAGUACGUCAGCUGUGUACCUCCAAUCACGGGUGCGCUGGUGCGAUUUCGAGCAGUUGGAGCUAGAAAGUGGCUCUUCGCACAUCCCACUAGUGGGGCCUUGCUAGACGUGUCACCAGAGCAGGAGCCUGAGCUUGUUCCCUUUCCGCAAUCAGAUGUGGACCUGCGAAAUCUACCACAUGGUAUUCGCUUUGAAGCCUGCGUUGCUUUCAGGAACAAGCUGGGCACUGGGCCUUUCUCAAAGGAAAGCGAUAUAGGGCACAUCGGCAUGCUGGCAGCCAGGGUGCUGAAGUGUACGUAUUGCUUCUCGGACUUUGACCUGCAAACAGCGGAGUAUACCAGGGCGCUGGAGAACUUUUGGUGCCCACUUUGCCGUUUCAGGCAUAUGGAUCCCUUCAAUGCGAUCAUCGAGCCAUCUGGCAUCUUGCGCCAGCACAUGUUCAUGCGUCCGACGGUUUCCUUCAACCUGGACUUGCCUGAGCUGAAGGCGUGGAGAAAGGAGGAUCAAAGCAUCUUCUGCAGGUGCGUGAAGGUUAACAGCGACAUCACUGCUCAGGUUUGGCCAACCAAGCUGGUCAUGACAGCAAAUGGUGCUGAGGUGUUUAGAAUAGAUCCUCCAGAAGAAGGCCACGUACGAAGAGACGUCCCGAAGGACGUCUCGGCUGGCCUUAGACCUGGCAUGAACAGUGUUACUAUCACUAUUGAAGAUGAGCAUCCAUCCAGCUACGCCGUAGCUUUGGUCCAUACCCAGCCCAAAACGGCGUCACUGAUUGCAGACGAUACUCCGGCUUGUGAGGAGGAGGAUGCUUUGCGAAGGGUCCGCAUGCUCUUGAAAGACACUUGGGGCAUCAAGAUGGAGGAGUUCGAUCUGGGACCCAAGCCAGAACCUCCUCCAGAGGAUGCCCCAGCAGAGCCCGAAGCAGAAGCUCCUAUGCCUGAUGCUCCCAAGCUAGACGACGAUGAUGAGGAGGUCACUUGUGUUCUUUCGAACAAACUGAAGCUUCGAUGCCCUCUUUCCUUCGAGCGAGUCGAUAUUCCUGUCAGGGGUGAGACGUGUAUGCAUUUGCAAUGCUUUGGCCUUGGUGCAUACCUGGAAGCGAACAUGAAGAUGAGGGCACUGAAUAACAGGUGGACCUGCCCUGUCUGCAGCAACAUCCUGAAGCCACAUGACCUCGUAGUAGACAAAUACGUGCAGCGGGUUUUGUCUGAGACUCCAGCGCACGUGGAAGAGGUCAUCAUCGAGAAGGAUGGCACGUACAGGAUAGUUGAGGAUGAGGAGCCGGAUGCUGCUGCCAAGGACGACAGCAACAAGAACAAUGCUGACAAUGCUGAAGACCUCGGUGCGCCGAUGGCAGAAGAUCACCAGGAUGGCAUCAAGAGACACGGAACUGACGAUGGGAUCGAGGUUCCUUUGUCCAAACGACAACGACGGCGGCAGAAGAUUUUGGAAGCGCGUGGAGAACUUCCUCAUGACACGGCGCCCGCAGCAGAAGAAGGGCCUCCUGAAGCUGAAAGCCAGCCAGAGAAGAGGUUGUGA